GUGACACGUCCGGCGCAUUCUGAUGACGUGUGUACAUCGGUAAUGGCGGACACUCUCCUCGAAACAAACAAAGCAAAGACAGCAGAAUAAGCCAACAUUCCUCCUUUUCGUCGCCAUGAGCAAGAACAAGGCCGGCGGUGUGUCAUGGGUGAAACCGGAGGAGCCGUCUUUUCUCAAGAAGUUUAAAAGCGAUGUUGGUUUCAAAGAAGGACCGACUGUUGACACGAAGCGUCUGGUGACGCCGACGCCAGGAGACGACAGCGGCAGCGAUCGGGAGGAUGAAUCGCCUCAAGUUGUGGUCCUCAAAGAUGGAGACCUCACCUCCGAGGAAGUGCAACACCUGAAGGAAGGCGUGCAAGCGAAGGAAGCUGUGGAGAAAAACGACGAGCCCCCUACCGACGGGAAGAUCCUCUUCAAGAAGCCGGCCAAGCGCUCCUCGGCAGACAAAUUCCAAGGAAUCACCGCCAGCUCGCGCAAAAAGAAGCGUGAUGACGUGUCGAGGGAAGACAAGAAGGAAGAAGAGAAUUGUGGGAAAAAGGUGAAGAACAGCAGCCUCCUGUCUUUUGGCUGCGAUGAAGAGGAAGACGAGGACUGAGUCUUUGUGUCACAUCUCGUCUUGGUUCUUCUCUUCAUAGUCGUAUUCAUCUUUUGUGUACUCUGCAAGUAUUAUCGCAAUGUUUGAAACAUAAACUACAAUGCUGGUGACUUCUCACAUCAACACACAACAGGUGAUAAAACACAAGAGUAUACUUUAUACUCUUGUUCUGUUGUGUUUGCAUCAAAUAUUGUAACAUAGGAAAUAAUUGCUUCAUCUUUUAAGGAAAUAAAAUAUGCAUUUCCCCUCCAUGUAGUGUAAGUAGAAUAAUGAUGUACAUCAUAAUUAAAUGUCUUCAAUGUACACAUCUUUGACUUGUGACAAUAGGUUGUAUUUACAUUACUUCUCUGUACUCCCAAUUUUCUAUAUAUUAUAUAUAGUAACACUUUAGUAUGGGGAACAUAUUCAUUAUUUAAUUGCUUAUUAACAUGCAAAUUAGUGACAUAUUGGCUCUUAUUUAGUCAUUAUUAAGUACUUAUUAAUGCCUUAUUCUGCAUGACCUUAUUAUACAACCAGUAAGCCAUUAACUAAGUUUUCCCUCAAUAACCUCAGAAUUAUUGCUUAUUAGUAACCCUAACCCUUAUAGGUCCCCCUAGUGUCCAAAUAACUCUAAAUUUUCUCUCUGUUACUUAGAAUAUGUUCCCCAUACUAAAGUGUUUCCAUAUACAUAUAUAUAUCCAAGUAAACCCUGCAUGUACUGUAUGUAUUUCUGCGUAUGUACUCUGAUAUUGUACCUUCAUUCAAUGUGUGAAUACUGUCUUGAAAUGUUGUAUUGUUGUUGUUUAUGAAAGUAUGUUUUUAUGCAUCAUUUCAAAAUGCUCAAAACUUCUCAACAAUCCCUGACUUCCAUCUUGUUUGUGUUCCAACAUGAAUAUGUUGAUAUAAUAAUGUUCCUGCAGUUUGACAGAUA